AUGACAGUUUGCAACAGGCUAUGCAGGAAACAAAUGGGGAAUAUACAAUUCAAAUUGGCUAUUGAUGUUUGUCAGGAAAUGGAAUGGCCAUGGUGGAGAGAUACAUGGAAUACUAUGAACGUGCCAAAACACAGUUUUAUAUGCUGGCAGACUAUGCAUAGGAGGGAAUAUGGGAAUAUGGGAAUAUGUGAGGAAACAGAAUGCUUAUUGUGCGGGUGUAAACCAGAACAUCUAUUCUUUGAAUAUGAGUAUUCAGUGAAAUGCUUAAUGGCGGUUCUCAAACGGAUGGGACUGAAUAUACAAAGAACUAACCUGGAGGGAAUAUGGAGGCGACUAGCAAGGAAAGCCACAGGGAAGAUCAGCAGAGCACUUAUCCGAGCAAUAAUAGCAGCCCUAAUAUAUCAUAUUUCGCAAGCACAAAAUGGAGCAUUGUGGAAUAAAGCAGUAGUCAGAUCGAAGGAAAUUAUGAAGAAGAUCAGGAAGGAGAGUAAAGGCAAAUUUAUGAGCAGAAUACACAGAGGUAUAAAAUGUAAGGAUAGAAAAUGGAUAGAUAACUUGUUUGUAUAG